AUGGCGAAAGCGGCUGUGGGGCAGAUAUGCUCCUCGAACUCGAUGGCGCAUAACCUCGAGCAGUGCGUGAAGCUCGUCGGCAAGGCCGCGAGUGCCGGUGCGAAAGUAAGGGGUGUCCUGCUUCUCUUCCAGCCGAUGAUAUCCACCAUCCCCUAUAUGAGGCCACCGGAUAGUCGAUGGACGGCGAGUGCCACUGCAAUCGGGCAAGGCACUCCGAAGCUCAUGUCCCAGUCGGCUGGGACGUCACUUCAACGCUUAGGCCAGGGAGCGGUUUUCAAUACGACAUGCGUUGGCUUGUUGCGCACAUCUUCAGGACGAGGUUGGAUGACUCGUUUCACGUCAUUCCGCGGCCUCUCCGUGUCACUCAUUGAUGUCAUCUUCAUCCCGCUACCCAUGGCUAUCUUGUUCCUGCCCGAAGCAUCAGACUACAUCGCGACAUCAAGCCAGGAAUCGAUGUCCCUGGCAAAGCCCGUAGCCAGCUCACCCUUCGUGACAGGUCUGCAAUCCGCAGCCGCGAAGCACUCCAUCGCCGUGCACGUCGGGAUCCACGUGCCAGUGACAGUAAAGCCCGCCAGCACCGACAACCCGGCAGUGACAUCCAUCCCGCAACCCGAGGACGCAGCCCCCAGCGACGACGCAAACGCAACGACAACAACCAAGCUCUACAACCGCACCAUCUACAUCACCCCCACAGGCAGCAUCCUCGAGUCCGCCACCUACAACAAGCUGCACCUGUUCGACUACCCCGCCGGCGGUCUCCACGAAUCCGCCUCCACGCAGGCCGGCGCCGCGCUGACGCCGCCCGUCGCCUCGCCCGUCGGGCGUCUGGGGUCGCUCAUCUGCUUCGACGUGCGGUUCGCCGAGCCCGCGCUCGCGCUGGCCCAGCCGCCGCCCUCGUCGCCCUUCUUCCGCGACCCUGCCCAGGUCCUGCUGUACCCCUCGGCCUGUAUGGCGCACUGGGAGGUGCUGUUGCGCGCCCGCGCCGUCGAGACGCAGAGCUAUAUCAUCGCCGCGGCGCAGGUCGGCCGGCAUAAUGGCGGGAAGCGCGUCAGUUAUGGGCGCAGCUUGGUGGUUGAUCCGUGGGGUAAGGUCGUGCUGGAGUUGAAGGGCGUGCGGGAGGACGGCGAGGAGGCUGAGGAGGGCGCUGUGGGACAGCUGGGGGUUGUGGAGGUUGAUCUGGACGAGUGGGAGAGGGUGAGGGAGAAGAUGCCGCUGGUGAGGCGGACGCUGGAUUUUUGA